UUUGAAUCAAGAGGUGGAGCUGGUAGUAGACGCUGUGGAUGGGAACUUAUGCAAAAUCUCCAAAUUCCUAUUCCCAAACUCGGUGACUGGUACGCAGAGCAAACCGGUGAUCGCUCUUUAUGCGUGCUUCAGGAUGACGGCUCGGAAUACUGCACUUGUAUCUAUGAGUGUGGAAACGGUGUUUGGAGGUCUCUUGACGAGAGUAACCACGACAUUUGGAGAUAUGGAAACGAGAGCAGCUCGUGGGAGUGGGAAUCGGGAUGCAAGAAAUACUGUCACGCUGGGGUAUGUGAUGGACAGGAUUGAUGGAGUCGGAGCAAAUGCAGAACUGAGCGGCAGGCGUUGUUGAGAUGCGACACACGACUGUGUUUGAAAAUGGUGAUUAGGAUGUUCCAGGAA